CUGCGCAGGGAAGAGCUGAGGAGACUGAGGAGGACCCAACACACUCUCAUGUGUUAUAUUCACACAUAUAUGUUUAUUGAAUCAGUGUGAGGGUGCUCUGAGCCUUUGGGUGCGUGUCGCCCGCUCAAAGACGCACGGACAGGACGCAUCCAACGCUCUUUAUCCGCCUGAGUGUUCCGGGCUUGUGGACAUACUGGAGUAAAACACUGGUUCGGACGCACGGGGAAUCUGCGGCGGAUGAGAUGUUGGGACAAGAUUCAUGCUGAGAGAUUCUGCUGCUUCAUUUUCAUCCAGCAACAGACAAGUGAACGCCUGAACGCAAAUGUUUCCACAUCACAGACUCAGCCCUGGAUUGUAGCAGCGGCCCCACCGAUGGUUUGAACAAGGGCGUUAAGGUGCGGGAAGGGAGUGGGACAAUUACAGGAUGAGUGAGCGAUACACGCACAUCGGAAGUAAAGUGGCUCUACUUGUAAUGGUGCUCGUGGUCAGUGUCUGGGAGAUGACCGUACCAACAGAAGGAGCUUCAGCAGCGCACCAUGUCCGAACGGGCACCUGCGAGGUGGUGGCUUUGCACCGCUGCUGCAACAAGAACAAAAUCGAGGAGCGGUCGCAAACUGUGAAGUGCUCCUGCUUUCCUGGGCAAGUGGCCGGCACCACCAGAGCCGCCCCGUCGUGUGUAGAUGCCUCAAUAGUGGAGCAGAAGUGGUGGUGCCAGAUGCAUCCGUGCCUCGACGGGGAGGAAUGCAAAGUUCUUCCUGAUCUGAAGGGCUGGAGCUGUGCUACAGGGAACAAGAUCAAAACUACUAAGAUUUCUGCGGACAAAGACCAGCUCUGGUAACAACAGAUGCUUCACGGCAGAGUCCAGGUGAAUCAACGGUUCAGGUCUUUGUUGGAUCAUCGAAGGAGAAAUGAAUAAUGCCGAGGACCUUCGUGUAUAUAGAGACUCUUUCUUCUGGACUGCAGUCAAUCUUUGGAAAACUCUCAAUGCUUCUUCUUGAACUCAAUGGACAUGAAACAGAGGAGUAGAUUCUAAUAAAACUACUGAUUAUUCAACACUUCUUUUUGGAGGACUAGCCUUACCGGACAACAGGAUUUAUUCUCUGACAUUGUUACUGCUCGUAGUGGAAUACAAAGGUGAACUUUGCUUAUAUGUUAAUUUGUAGAGUACUAUGUUCUUUAUAGGGGAAUUUCCAUCACAAGUUGACCGGGGUGAAGAGCGGGUCAGUUUGUUGAAAGCAUCGCAAUUCUUCAAACAAAUUGUGAUUUUGUUUCAUCAGUCAGUUGUGACUUUCAAAUGAAGAUGAAAACGUGGCUAGGCAGCAGAUAUUCAGGGUGAUUCUCAAACACAUAAACACAAUCCCAUUCAUCAAUGUACCACACAAGGACAGCUGAAGUACACCAGUGCUAUAAAAGAGCUGCAAAUCUCAAUCGCCAAGUAUCCUUCAAAUUUUGCUGUUAAGAUGAGCAGUCCAUGAUUCUUUUUCUGGGAAUGGAGUCUGUUUGCAGUGUAUUACUGGGAACAUUUCAGUCUCCAGAAGUAGCUGCAGAGUGAGUGCCUCUCACUUUCGCCGCUAAGUUGAGUUGUUGAGCGACUUAGUAGCGUAUCAGGCUUUUGUUGGAUAUCUAGUGUCGACAAAAAGGUUAUUUAACAGAGUAUUUUGGAUGCAUUUGCUUGGAUGGAUAACUUGGCUUAAAUGUAUCAUGAGAACAACACAAUCACCCUGAACGUCCUGCUGAACCCUAAUAAAAGAUCUGGCAGUUCAGGGCUUUCAGGGUUGAAUAGCCAAAUCUGAUUCCACCGACCAAAUUGUUAGUCUCAGCCCAAACUGAUCAGACCAACCAGCUGUGAACGGUCAGAAAGUUGGAUCCACUCUUGGUUCAUGUUUCCUCUGAAAAUCACUCUGCCAUUUCCUGCCACCAAAUUUUGUGUUUUUAAGUCACAGUUCUUGAGCCCAAAUUCUAAACACACUUUGGUGACGAUCCCAAAACGGUUUUCAACUAGUUACUCAAGUAUGAUUUGCUGAUCACCUUUAAGUAGGUAUCGCUAACACUUCUUUUGUCUGUGUAAGUGAU